AUGGAUAGGCUGGAUCAUGAGCUGCUCUCCCCCUUCCUGUUUAUCAUCUGUACAGAAGCCCUGAUUGCCCAGCUAAAGGGAGACCCGCUCUCCCCCUUCCUGUUUAUCAUCUGUAUAGAAGCCCUGAUUGCCCAGCUAAAGGGGGCUGAAGACGAAGGUCGGAUCACAGGUUUAAAAUUUGCUCAAGGUAGUCCACCGGUCUCGCAUCUGCUGUUCGCGGACGACAGCCUGUUCUUCUGUAAGGCGGAGAUCCAGCAAUGUGCUGAGCUUCUGAAAAUUAUUAACAGUUACGGACGAGCCUCGGGUCAACAGCUGAACCGAGACAAGUCGGCGAUCCUGUUAGGGAAUAGAGUCCCCUCGGAAACAAAGACCGCCUUAAAAGAAACUAUGGAUAGACUGAACUCAAGAACCAACGCAUGGUCUGCAAAACUCCUUUCAAAAGGCGGAAAAGAGGUCCUCUUAAAAUCUGUUGCCCAAGCAAUUCCGACAUAUGUUAUGUCAUGUUUCUUGUUGCCUCAAAAUGUCAUUGGUAAGCUGAGAGGAGCAAUCUCAAAAUUCUGGUGGAGUACCAAGAACAAUAACCGCGGUAUACAUUGGAUAGCGUGGGACAAAAUAUGUGUACCGUUGUCGUGUGGCGGUCUGGGUUUUAGGGACCUCAAAGAGUUCAACCUGGCCCUAUUAGCUAAACAAUUGUGGCGCCUUCUUAGAUUCCCAAACUCACUCCUAUGUCGAGUCCUCAAAGGCCGUUACUUUCGGUACUCUAACCCGAUAGAUGUAGGAAGGGCAAACUCUCCAUCGUUUGGAUGGCGCAGCAUCAUUGCGGCUAAGCCUCUGCUUCAAAAAGGUCUCCGGAAGAAUAUUAGAUCGGGCUUUAGCACAAGAGUAUGGACGGAUAACUGGAUCCCAGCUGUACCACCACGACCGGCAAAGGAUAACGGCGGACCUAGAGACUCAAAUCUCUACGUAAACCAUCUUAUAGACUUUGAAACUAAAGAAUGGAAACAGGAUAAGCUCAAAGAGGUCGUAGACCCUCAAGAUAUCCCACUGAUUCUAGGUUUAAAGCCAAGCAAGUCUUUCAUGGUGGAUGAUUAUUUAUGGGUUCACACGAGGUCAGGCCAAUACACGGUGAAGUUAGGGUAUCUAGUGGCUUCUGAAGGGAACACCGAGAGUCAGGCGGUCAUGGAACCAAGCCUUACAAAGUUAAAAGGACACGCGUGGAAGCUGAAUGCACCCAGAAAGAUCAAACAUUUCAUUUGGCAGGCGAUAGCAGGUUGCAUAGCCUCGUGCAGUCGCCUAGUGGACAGACACUGUGGAACAGAUAGAACAUGCCCGAGGUGUGGUGCAGCCGAGGAAUCGAUAAACCAUGUUCUUUUCGAGUGUCCACCGGCCUUGCAGGUCUGGGCUUUGUCUCAUACUCCACUACCUCCGGGGAUCUUCCCGUGUUCUUCUUUAUAUGCAAAUCUCGACUUUCUCUUCUGGGGAGCAAAGGACCUAGGCUAUGUGGUAUCCAUUGUGGAGUCUUUCCCGUGGCUGCUUUGGUACAUAUGGAAGGCUCGAAACGAUAAGGUAUUUAAUAAUCAUGAGAUUCUGGCACCGGAUACGUGUGAGAUCGCCUUCUCAGAAGCAACCAGCUGGAAACUAGCUCAGGAACUGGGUAAAGAGGAAACAGAGGAUAUAGAGCAGGGAGGGCCCGUACGAACGCUACAACAAGGGAUAGGCUUAGUCUGCUGUGUUGAUGCGUCGUGGAAGGAUUCUGAUAACAUUGCAGGACUGGGAUUUGAACUGAAAGGCGGCCCGCAAAUGUUAUAUGGAGCCAGGGGUACUACCCGACAACUUUCUCCACUUCAUGCAGAGCUGGACGGACUGAUAUGGGCCAUGGAAACGCUGAUUUCGAGCGGUUUUACUCAAGUGCGUUUUGAAACAGAUUGCUCAAGUAUACCUAAGAUAUUAGAAGAAAUGGAAGAAUGGCCAGUUUUUGCCACGGAGUUAGAUGUUUUUUCUAGGCUGAGAGAUAGGUUUUCUUUUUUCUCAAUUUCAUUCAUUUCUAGAUCAAACAAUGUCCGUGCCGACUGCCUCGCUAAGAGCGCUCGAGUACGAGGAGCCGGUAUAGGAGUCGGUGUGGGUGGAGUUGAUGGUAUUGGUACGGGAGCGGUGCCUAUAGUGGGCGCUGAUACGACUGCCCCGGUGGAGAUGGGACAAGUCUUGGGUGUGUUGGCACAGAUCUUGGAAAGACUAGCCCCACCACAGGCAGCGAAUCCACCCAUACCGGAUAUAGUACCAAGGGAAUCAGUCGCUCUUUCGUACCUAACCAUCAUGGACCAUAAGCUGAAAUUGGGGACCCAGUACUUUAGCGGUGGAGCGAAUCCUACCAAGGAAGACGAGUGGAGAAGCCAUCUUGAAAGGAACUUCAACUCCGUGCGCUCUCUGAUGGAGUACCGGAAGAAUAUUGCGAUUCACUACCUGUCCGGGUAA